AUGGAAGCAACAGGGACGGUGCUGAAUGAGAAGUUAGUGUGCCAGAAUGUAGACACGGUACCUUCGCACUCUGGCCAUCGCUUCUGGUCUGGAGGGAAUCCCUUUGCUUACACCAUGAGGACCGUCUUGGCCGAGCUCAUCCUAUUCUUCUUCAUGACCCAACUCCUCUGUCUCCUUCUCAAGCCUUUCCGCCAAUCCACCACCAUUGUAUCAGUCAUAGCCGGUACCGUGAUCAGCCUGGCACUUCAUGCACCGCACACUGAUAAGUUCCUGCGGCUUGGAGACAGACUAAUCCUCAGAACAUUUGCCGAGUUUGGAUUCAUGAUGCACAUGUUUGUGCUGGGCGUACAUAUUGACCUCACAACGUUAAGAAACACCGGCAAGAAGGCUGUUGCUCUAGCUAUCCUAGGCUCUGUCCUCGCCUUAGCAUUAGGAGGUUUCACCCUCGGCACUAUACAGAGAAUCAGCCCUUUUGAUGCUAACCUCCGAAAAGGCAUAGCGCUGCUCCUCCCCGUAAAUUCUAUGACUUCUUGUAUCGUAACCUUCAGCAUUCUUCACAACCUCAACAUAAUCAAUUCUGAGGUGGGCCGCCUAGCUGCCUCGAGUGCCAUGGUUAGUGAUGUGUUGGGCUGGUUCAUGGCUUUUGUCGUCGGUGGUUUAGCUGUGGCCCUGCAAGCCUCGACAAUGGAACCUUUAUUUCCAAUCUUCAUCACACUUUCUUACUACUGCGUACUAUUCUUCCUAGUCCGACCCUUCAUAAUCUGGCUCACGAAGCAAUCCGAGGGUGAGAAACCGAUGCAUGAAACCCACUUCGUCUUCAUCCUAUGCAUAGUCGCAGCCUCGUGCUUCCUCGCUGAAUGCCUCGGUCAACAUUCUAGCCAUGGAGCCUUCUUCUUGGGCUUAAUUUUACCGGACGGGCCACCCUUAGGCCCAGUUUUGGUGCAAAAGCUCGAAACUUUUGCUUCCACUUUCAUCCUACCAGUAUACUGCACACUCAGCGGAUUAAGGACCGAUCUCCAUUCUCUAGCCACAGGCACGACUCUGAAACUUGAGCUUCUCAUAAUGGCGGGUUAUAUAGGAAAAUUUGCUGGCAUCAUUUUCCCGUCACUCCUCUGCUUCCAUAUUAAAUUCAGAGACUCUCUCUGCGUCGCUUUGAUCCUUUGCUGCAAAGGCAUCAUGGAGAUUGCAAUUUAUAACCUCUGGAGGGACAUGAAGGUGAUAAACACUCAACUGUUCACCCUUUUGAUGGUUAAUAUGGUGGUCGUGACGGGGCUCGCAACAUUUACUGUGAGCUACCUCUAUGACCCUUCGGAAAGAUACAGAGCCUUUAACCGUAGGGCCAUUAAGUCCACAAAUCAAAACCUUGAUCUACGGGUAUUGAUAUGCAUCCAUGACGAAGAUCAUGUAUACCCUAUGAUAAGUCUCCUCAGAGCCUCUAAUCCAACAAGAAACAAGCCGCUUUCCGUUCUCGUUCUUCAUCUCCUGGAGCUCAGUGGGAGCGCAUUGUCUGUGCUUACCAUGACCUCACACUAUCAAUUUAUGAAGAAACCGUUUCAGAUAGUCCGGUCUGAAAAGAUCGUGAGUGCCUUUAACCAUUACGAGAAGCAAGAAAGAGGGCAUGUGUCAAUGCAGCAUUUCACUGCGUCCGCCCCCUACUCAAGUAUGCACAAUGACAUUUGCACCCUCGCGCUUGAUAAGAAGGUGAGCAUCAUUAUCCUCCCAUUCCAUAAGCAGUGGACCUCAGAAGGAAUCGAGACUUCCUCCCCUUCCAUCAGGAACGUAAAUAGAAACGUUCUGGAGAAGUCCCCUUGCUCCAUAGGGGUCCUUGUGGAUCGGAGCUAUAUACAUGGGACAAAGUCGGGUUUUGACGGUCAAUCUCCUUAUAAUGUUGGUAUGCUCUUCUUUGGGGGCCCCGAUGAUAGCGAGGCACUGGCUUAUAGCAAAAGAAUGUCCGAGCACCCAAGUAUUAGUCUCACAGUUGUCCAAUUCAAACCCGAGGGAGACUAUUCUGAGCCAUGUGUGCUCCACGGCAAGUGUGAUGGUAUCGACGUAAUGAGCAAUCUGAUAAAUGGGUGUAAGAUCAGGAACAAAAUGUCCAUCACCUACAUGGAGGAGGCCGUGAGAGACGGGUUGCAGACAACUCAUGUUAUUCGAUCGAUGGGAGAUAAGUUCGAUAUGGUUAUUGUUGGGAAACAUCAAGACCCGAGCUCCCCUGUCUUGCUUGGUUUAACAGAUUGGAGCGAGUGCCCUGAGCUAGGGGUUGUCGGGGACAUGCUAGCUGCCUCAAACUUUCGAUUUUCAGUUUUGGUGGUGCAGCAAGAACCAUUAAUGGGGAGCCAGUCGUCUCUGAGACAUCUAUCGAGCCAUAGAAGCAGUAGCUAG